AUGGGUGCCCAAGACGUUCUCACUCGCAAGACCGGUGUCAUCACUGGUGACGAUGUCCUCGCUCUCUUCAAGCAUGCCAGAGAGAACAAAUACGCCAUUCCAGCCAUCAACGUCACCUCUUCCUCCACCGUUGUCGCCGCUCUAGAAGCUGCCCGCGAUAAGAAAUCCCCAAUCAUCCUCCAAACUUCGCAGGGUGGUGCUGCCUACUUUGCCGGAAAGGGUGUCUCCAACUCCUCGCCCGUCAACCAAUACGCUUCCAUCCAGGGUGCCAUCGCUGCCGCCCACUACAUCCGCGCCAUUUCUCCAGCAUACGGCAUCCCCGUUGUUCUCCACACCGAUCACUGUGCCAAGAAGCUCCUUCCAUGGCUCGACGGUAUGCUCGAUGCCGACGAGGCGUACUUCAAGGAGCACGGUGAACCUCUCUUCUCCUCCCACAUGAUCGAUCUCUCCGAGGAGCCACAUGACCAGAACAUCGCCACCACUGCCAAGUACCUUGCCCGUGCUGCUCCAAUGAAGCAGUGGCUCGAGAUGGAAAUUGGUAUCACCGGUGGUGAGGAAGACGGUGUCAACAACGAAGAUGUCGACAAUGCAUCCCUCUACACCCAACCCGAAGACAUCUACAACGUCUACUCCGCUCUCAACCCUAUCUCCCCAUACUUCUCCAUCGCCGCUGCCUUCGGCAACGUUCACGGUGUCUACAAGCCAGGAAACGUCAAGCUCCACCCAGAGCUCCUCUCCAAGCACCAACAGUACACCAAGGAGAAGAUCGGCUCCUCUGAUGACAAGCCAUUGUUCUUGGUCUUCCACGGAGGUUCCGGAUCCACCAAGAAGGAAUUCUCGGACGCCAUCAGCUAUGGUGUCGUCAAGGUUAACUUGGACACUGACUUGCAGUGGGCUUACUUGACCGGUAUCCGAGACUAUGUCUUGACUAAGCAGGAAUACAUCAAGACACAAGUCGGAAACCCAGAUGGUGACGACAAGCCCAACAAGAAGUACUUCGACCCCCGUGUCUGGGUCCGUGAGGGCGAGAAGACAAUGUCGACUAGAGUUCAAGAGGCUUUGGGUGAUUUCAACACUGCUGGGCAGCUGUAG